AUGGAAUCAUCUGCAGUCCCAGGGUCAUCUGUACCAGCAAUGUUGCCUCGCGCCACGCAGUCUGCUCAAGAUACGGAGACAUCACGUCCAUCCCCUGCUAUGCCCCAGAGACUCUUCCCUCCGGUAUCGCGGCGUGAGCUGACUGGCGCCCUGUCAUCCCCGGCGAUGCAAGUCAAGAAUCUCCUACGAUCAAAUCAGGGCGCCCUGGCAAGACGUGUGCCGGCGAUCCGCUCCGAGCUGGAUCAGAAGAAGGACCUGGAGCGCCGGGUUCGCAAGAGAAUUGCGCCCUACAAGAAUUAUACAGAAGUGCUGCCGCCAUUCUCCUUCCCUGAGAUGAUCGUCAUGGGCAUUGUAUGCUCUAGUUGGAACAGAGGUGUACCUGGCCUUCAUUACUGGAUCAUGCAGAAUUUUGGCUAUUAUCGCAACCUCGCUAUGAUGUACGAAAGCGGGUACGGCGGAGAGCGAGACAUGCGGCGUGCAGCAAACGUUCACCUAGAUUUCGCUUCAGCUUUUAGCGACCUGGACUUGCCAAUUUUUCGUCCUAAAUUCCAGGGCCCGCGUGAAGACGAAGAAGUCACUUAUGAGGUCUUUUCGUCCGGUCGCUGGGCAGCUGGCCCUGCCGCUACAGUCAGCCAAUUCUUACGCCCUUGUCUACUCGGAGAGUCUGAUUCUCGUUCACCGUUUCGCUUGAUGGAUCUCCCCGCGGAACUCAGGCUUCGCAUUUAUGAGUAUGCCCUUCUCUUGCCAAAAUCAGGUGUGCAAGUGUCGCACAAAGGUCCCGGGGGCUUUGCCGGCCUACAUGCGUUUUCCAGGGACUACAACCGACCUCCAACCAGAGUGUCGGCUUACGGGCCUGAUCGGGGCGCUCGCUUGCCUAGUCGAUUGAAAUGCCCUGCUCCAGCGGUCCACUUGGCACUGUUUGCUGUCAGUAAGGCCGUUUACAAGGAAGCCAUGCCAGUGUUUUAUGGCGGCAAUCUCUUCGUGUGCGAGGACGUCCAGGACCUGUACCGACUGCUCUCGAAGCUACGAGAGCAUUGCCUACACCACCUUCGCCAUAUCACCUUCUCCAUCACCAAGCGGUGCAAGCCAAUGGCUACAAAGGCAUUCAAGUUACUCGCCACACUUCCACGUCUCAAGGAGCUGGACAUCUGGAUCCAUGAACCAUCUUUCAGCACCGAGGGCAAUGGUUAUGUUGGCCUAUCAGGUUUUCUUCUGCCCGGCUUCCCACAGUUGCGCAGAGUCCGUGGUCUGAAGGCUGUAAGAUUCCAUGGAGAUUGUCCUACGGUCACUAGCGUACUGGGUAAGGAGAUGUUGCAACCAAAGAAGGAGAAGAAGAAGGCAGUGGUCCGCAAGCGGGAGGCAGUAUCCUUGACUGGGACCAAGGCCAAGAAGGCGAAGCUGACAUGA